AGGGGCACAAAACGUCCUCGGGAUGAUGAAGAGGAAGAACUGAAAAUGCGUCGGAAACAAACUGGCACUCGAGAACGUGGCCGCUAUCGGGAAGAGGAAAUGACUGUGGUAGAGGAAGCAGAUGAUGACAAAAAAAGGCUGCUUCAGAUUAUUGACAGAGAAGGGGAGGAGGAAGAGGAAGAGGAGGAGCCACUGGAUGAAAGCUCCGUGAAGAAAAUGAUCCUUACGUUUGAAAAGAGAUCAUACAAAAACCAAGAGUUGCGGAUUAAGUUUCCAGACAAUCCCGAGAAGUUCAUGGAGUCAGAGCUGGACCUCAAUGACAUCAUCCAGGAGAUGCAUGUGGUGGCCACCAUGCCAGACCUGUACCACCUUCUAGUGGAGCUGAACGCUGUGCAGUCUCUUCUUGGCUUGCUUGGACACGAUAAUACAGAUGUCUCUAUAGCUGUGGUUGAUUUGCUUCAAGAAUUAACAGAUAUAGACACCCUUCAUGAGAGUGAAGAGGGUGCAGAAGUGCUCAUCGACGCCCUGGUGGAUGGACAGGUCGUAGCACUUCUGGUGCAGAAUUUGGAGCGUCUGGAUGAAUCUGUGAAAGAGGAGGCAGAUGGUGUCCACAACACGCUGGCUAUUGUGGAAAACAUGGCUGAGUUCCGGCCCGAGAUGUGCUCAGAGGCGGCCCAGCAGGGGCUCCUGCAGUGGCUGCUCAAGAGGCUGAAGGCAAAGAUGCCGUUUGAUGCCAACAAACUGUAUUGCAGUGAAGUGCUGGCCAUAUUGCUCCAGGACAACGACGAAAACAGGGAAUUGCUCGGAGAACUGGAUGGAAUCGAUGUGCUUCUUCAGCAGUUAUCCUGACACGUGUUUAAAAGACACAAUCCCAGCACAGCGGAGGAACAAGAGAUGAUGGAGAAUCUCUUUGAUUCGCUCUGUUCCUGCCUCAUGCUCAGUUCUAAUCGUGAGCGCUUCCUGAAGGGUGAGGGACUUCAGCUGAUGAAUCUCAUGCUCAGAGAAAAGAAGAUCUCCCGGAGCAGCGCCCUGAAAGUGCUGGACCACGCCAUGAUUGGCCACGAGGGCACCGACAACUGUCACAAGUUUGUGGACAUUCUUGGCUUACGGACCAUCUUUCCUCUCUUUAUGAAAUCUCCCAGGAAGAUAAAGAAAGUGGGGACCACUGAGAAGGAGCAUGAAGAGCAUGUCUGUUCGAUCCUGGCUUCCCUCCUGCGGAACCUGAAAGGGCAGCAGCGGACCCGGCUUCUGAAUAAAUUCACAGAAAAUGACAGUGAGAAGGUUGACAGACUGAUGGAGUUGCAUUUUAAAUAUCUGGAUGCGAUGCAGGUGGCUGACAAGAAGAUUGAAGGGGAGAAGCAUGACAUGGUUCGGCGUGGAGAGAUCAUAGACAAUGACAUCGAGGAUGAGUUCUACCUCCGGCGCUUGGAUGCAGGCCUCUUUGUUCUCCAGCACAUCUGCUACAUCAUGGCCGAAAUCUGCAAUGCCAACGUCCCCCAGAUUCGUCAGCGGGUUCACCAGAUCCUAAACAUGCGUGGGAGCUCCAUCAAGAUCGUCAGGCACAUCAUCAAGGAGUAUGCUGAGAACAUCGGCGACGGCCGGAGCCCAGAGUUCCGGGACAGCGAGCAGAAGCGUGUUUUGGGUCUGCUGGAGAACUUCUAGAAGCUGCGGCCUGGCCCCACGGACACCAUCUGGGCCUUCCUCACAGACACAGAUUUUUACACAACCUGCUGUGGCUUUUGGAGAAAUUAAAGCUAGUUUUGGUA